GUCGUAUCAUCAGGCUGGACGAAUUCUCCCCCGCGGAGACUCGGGUUCAGUUUCGGUCGCUUUCAGGAGAGAUUCAUGGUGAACAUGGUGGUCCUGAAACAGGUUUCUCUCCGAGCCGUAUAUGGAGACAGAACAUAUCUUUCGAUACAAUCUUGCAGUUGACGUCGGCAUAACGUGAGUGCGCAGGGCGCUGGACCCCUCCACUCCGUCGCUGCCUGCUGCCGGGUGUUCAUCAGAUCACCGUCGUCGUAUGGGGCAGAGCGACACAAGUUUCAUGCUGCUGGUGACACUGUGGCGAUUUGACAACGCCGAAUCAUGCUGAUGGACCAGGCGCCUCGACCAGUAGUUGCAAGAGAGGAUCCGGGCUGCCAUCGUCAGGGCUAGAACCAGCCUGCCCGCAAUGGCUCCCAGCAUCACCAAAUCUCGCACCCCAACCCCCCGCGGGGGGGCCUUGGUGGGGGACGGGGACACCAGGGAGACCUGGGGCAAGAAGGUGGACUUCUUGCUCUCCGUCAUAGGGUUCGCCGUCGACCUGGCCAACGUGUGGCGCUUCCCGUAUCUCUGCUACAAGAACGGCGGCGGGGCCUUCUUGGUGCCGUACUGCGUCAUGCUGGUGGUAGGCGGGAUCCCUCUGUUCUACAUGGAACUGGCGCUGGGACAGUUCAACAGGAAGGGGGCGAUCACUUGCUGGGGACGUCUCGUGCCGCUCUUCAAAGGACUUCUAGCUUUCUACGUGGACUUCUAUUACAACGUCAUCAUCGCGUGGGCCCUGAGGUACUUCUUCGCCUCGUUCACCAGUCUGCUGCCCUGGACGACGUGCGACAACUCCUGGAACACUCCGCUGUGCCGGCCGUUUGAUGUGAACGCUUGGUCGGGCGAACUCCGACGGAACUGGAGUGACGAUGUUGUGGGUCCCAUCAUCGGCAACCACACCAAGUUCACUUCCGCGGCGUCGGAGUACUUCAAUCGGGCGAUCCUGGAGCUGCACCGGAGCUCCGGUCUGCACGACCUUGGGGCGAUAAAGUGGGACAUGGCGCUGUGCCUCCUGGCGGUCUACUUCAUCUGCUACUUUAGCCUCUGGAAGGGAAUCUCCACGUCGGGAAAGGUGGUGUGGUUCACGGCGCUGUUCCCGUACGCCGUGCUGCUCAUCUUGCUCGUACGCGGUGUGACGCUACCCGGAUCUGCCGACGGGAUCAAGUAUUACCUCAGCCCAAAUUUCUCGGUCAUCUCCAAAGCUGAGGUGUGGGUGGACGCAGCCACGCAGGUGUUUUUCUCCCUCGGCCCUGGUUUCGGCGUCCUCCUGGCUUAUGCGUCGUACAACAAGUACCACAACAACGUGUACAAGGACGCUUUGCUGACCAGCGCCAUCAAUUCCUUCACCAGCUUCAUCGCAGGCUUCGUCAUCUUCUCCGUGCUGGGCUACAUGGCCCACACCUCGGGCCGGCCCAUUCAGGAGGUCGCCACCGAAGGCCCUGGACUCGUGUUCAUCGUGUACCCCGCAGCCAUCGCCACCAUGCCUGGCUCCAUCUUCUGGGCGCUCAUCUUCUUCAUGAUGUUGCUCACGCUGGGUCUCGACAGCUCGUUCGGCGGGUCGGAAGCCAUCAUCACGGCGCUGAGCGACGAGUAUCCGGUGAUCGGCAGGAACCGCGAGGUGUUCGUGGCCUGUCUGUUCACGCUGUACUUCGUGGUGGGACUGGCCUCGUGCUCACAGGGUGGCUUCUACUUCUUUCAUCUGCUGGACCGAUACGCCGCCGGCUACUCCAUGUUGUUCGCCGUGCUCUUCGAGACCAUCGCCGUAUCGUGGAUAUACGGUACCCAGCGGUUCUGUGACGACAUUCGGGACAUGAUCGGCUUCUCCCCCGGACUCUACUGGCGAGUGUGUUGGCGCUUCCUGGCCCCUGCGUUCCUAAUGUUCAUCAUAGUGUAUGGGCUGGUGGGCUACGAGCCGCUGACUUACGAGGAAUACGUGUAUCCGGUGUGGGCCAACGUGCUGGGCUGGAUCAUUGCAGGUUCCAGUAUCGUCAUGAUUCCAGGGACGGCCGUGUAUAAACUGCUAACAACACCUGGCACAUUCAUGCAGCGACUAAGGUUUCUGACGACACCUUGGAGGGACCAACAGACCGCUGCCAUGAACGGCGUGCGGACCGACCCAAUCCAGGUGAAGCUGACCACUGCUCCAGCUGCUGCUGAUAAUGUCUGAACUGGGAUUUCACACAAGCUACCUCCCGUAAAUGGACCGGGAUAUUUCUUCUCUUCCAAAAUGAACAACAUUGCUCCAACAUGUGAAAGAAAAGGAGAUUUUAUUUGUUGAAUAUAGAAUAAGUUUGUAGUCGAGUAACACGUAAUCAUGUUAUAGAGUAAAGGGUAAACAAAUGUAUAAGAAAGAAUUGAUGCGUGAAAGAAUGUUUUGUUGUUCCAUAUAAUCUAUCGUUUCAAUAAUAAAUUUGGGAUGCAAGGUUGACUGGAUGGACAAUUUUCUGAAAGAAAUCAAAAGUUGAAACAAGGCGGGGCUGGGAAAUUAUCAUGAAAAUCUGAACAGACUUUUCACUGCAGAUAUUAAUCUCCAAACCAUCUGGAAUUGUUAACUCGGUGAGAGUUUGAGAAGCAUUACUCACUACAAGAGUAGACACCCCAGUUCUUGUUCACGUAGUAAUGUUGCAUAAACUGUUAGCUCGUGCUGCGAUAUUGUGACCGUACUUAGAACCGCUAGAACCUAAGUAACAUAUUAAUAUUCUCAAUGUAGAGGCAUGUGGUUUGUAGUACAAGUAGUGAUAGGCCUAGCAAAGCUGAUUGGUAGCUUUUUCUGAAGCGUCGCACUUAGACGUAUGCAUCGUUCGACAGAUGACUUUCUUAAUAAAGAAUGGCACAUGUAGAACUGUAAUGCUACUAUGAUAUUCAAUUAACAUAGAUAAUUACAUAUUAAACUCUAAGUUUCUGAAUAUGUGAUUGAUAAUGGACUUUCCCGUGUUUUAAGUAUCGUGAGUUGUAAUUUCUUUAGAACGGUCUGAAUUGAAGCUUGUACCUCACUUUCACUUGGGUCAGAGAUGAACCAUAGAUAAUUUUAUGACCUCCAUUACACAUCAAACGUGACAGUCAUUUGCAAAUAUCUUAUUCAUGAUAGAGAAAUUCAUGUCAUUUAUGUUUGUAGUGUGAUUCAGCUUUGUAUAAAACAUAACCGGGCAGCUGUUUCAAAUUAUCGCAGAGAUGGCCCUUGAAUGUUGAAAUCCAGUUAUUACAAAUACUAAAACAGAAACUCUCAACAGAACCGGGGUACACUAAUGAUUCUGCUAUGUAUGCCCCCUUUUAAUGACUGAUACUAACUAGGCUGCACCGUCUGGUAAAUAUACGCUACUCCUUCUGAUAAAGUACGACGUCGUCCAUCUGAAAAUAAUGCCGUCUGAAUCGAUCGAUACGGUGUUUGCUGUUUCAUAAGCAUGUAAUUAGUACUGCAUUAAAUUACGUGUACGAACAAAGCACAAACCUUCAAAACUGCAGAAAUGCAGAUAACGUAUCGUUCAGAAAGUAUGAAACCUUAAAAAUAUUCACAACACCACUAGAGACAUUACAACUUAACAGAACAUGUAAUUUGUACUUAUGGUACAUUAUUUUAAAGUAUAGAGAAAUUUUUUCAUUGUGAAUUCUGGUUUUUAAAAUAUUCACGAUACUCCACGUAAGACAGGACAACCUUGCAUCAUACUUAAAGCUCAUAAAAGCAUAUUACAUCAGAGAAUUACCAUCUGAUAAUAAAGUUUUAUAAUGACUCAUUCAGUGUCUCUGAAACAUUCCACGAAUACUUUACAUGUAAAACACAAAUGCGCAUGCUCAUAGCUCUCAGUAACAAGGGAGUAAUUCCACUUUGAAAUUAAGUUGUUAUCCUUUGGUUUCCUGAACAGAUUUAUAAAAAUGGAUCAAUUGACCAUGUAAUAGUUUUCAUGUGUACUUAUGCUUCUAUAGAGUCUAGUACUAUUUCAGUGGAGGAUAUAUUAAAAUGUUCAGUGUGCUUCCAAUUGUAAACUAAUAAUUAUUAUAAAUUUGGAAACCAUAAAAGUGAAUAAUUAUUAUACAUCAGUGUGAUAAUAUAAUUAUGAAUUAUUACAAAUUUAUAUAUUUUAUUGUGCAAUAUUCUCUUGUUGUAUAACAUUUGUGUGUGUACUCUUUUGAAUUGUGAACGAUACUGUCGCUGUAGAGUUGAGAUUAGGUUAGGUUUUCCUAAGACACACAUGCACGCACACAUAUAUUACUUGGAUAAACCAGUAUCUGUUAUUUUAUAUUGCAGAAUUUACACAAAAUUCGAAAUGAGCCAUUAACAGCCAUUGGCGAUUUUCGAACGCACUCUCUGUCCAGAAGCAUAAAGUUUGGCAAGAAACUAAUGCUCAUUAUGUAAAUACCAGAUCUCGCGUGCUGUUAUACAUGUUGUCUUCACGACGCCGUAAUAUUACUGUGACACAUAGUGCAAUACACAUGUAGGCAGUCUUCAAUGGUCUUCGUACCACACGUUUUACGCGGUGCGGACCAAGACUUUGCUGUGGCUUUUGUACAUGUGCAAUGUUUAUAGUAGCCAUUGAAUGUAUUUGGUGAUUCUUAGACAAAUAUCAUAAGUACUUAUAUUUGCACUAGUUGAGGCCACUGCAUGUAUUCAGUAAGGAAGUGGAAGAGUAUUAUGAAAACAAAAGACAGGGAAUGUAACCAUUUUCGGGUAUAAUUGUCUAUAUACAUACCUAUAUUUGUUAAACACUGUAUUUAAAUAUGUAUGAACACAAUGUAUUUUUGUUAUGGUAUACGCAUAAUACUUCUUUAGAGCAUUUUACUUACUGCGUAAAAUAAGUUGUAAGUGACGAGACUGUGAGUGGAAUAAUCGAAGCUCACUCGAGUCUCCCGUGAGCAGAGAAAUUCCUCGCUGGGCUGUAGGGAGCAAUAAGUUGUACAAAGGGCAUAUCAGUUUGUAUGGUCUCUGCAAAUUUUUGUUUGUGUCUUCAUGAAAAAUAUUUUAUAUUUAUAAAUGAGCAUUGUAAAAUUGCAUUUUUAACUGUCUGUGAGCCAUCUGUGAAUGGGGGAGAAGGGUUAAUAAAAUCAUCUUAAUAUUAAUAAGAAAGAUGUAUGUCUCAUGUAACAUGACAUAUUCAUGAUUUCUGGCGAUUACGUACACAAAAGAAAUUGUGAGAGUAUUCGUAGGCAUUUGUUAUAAAUUUCAAGUAUCCCAAGCAUGCAAAUAAAUUAUAAUUAAAGCAGGCUUAACAUGGUAAAUAUAUACCAUACUUUCUGCAUUAACUAACCAUUGUACUACAUAGCCACUGUAUUGGUAUUAAGCAGUUAUUUUAGUUUAUAAAUCAGUUUAGACGUACGUUGGUCCUUAAUUUUAACCAGAUGUUAACAUACAGACAACCUGCAAAUAUAAUGAUGCAAAUAAUAUAACUGAAUGUAAUAAAAUAAAAAUAAUAGCUACA